GGACGUAAACAGGGGUAAUUUCGUCUUUUAAAGCAAUAAAUUAAAGCUAGGGUUUAGCCGAACCAAUUUCAUUUAUAAUUGGCCAUUUGGUUUAGUUUUUGUGAGGUAUCUGUUGGGUCGUUUCUUUGAAAUCAAAAAAAAAAAAUCUCUGUUUCUCUGACACUCUCUCUCUCUGUUUCUACUUUCAAGAUUCAAAUUUUUGUUCCCCUGAUCCACUCGUCUUUGAAUUCUCAUCAAGUCUUAUAUGUUUCUUGCCUACUCUGAUCUCUAUCGGAAACCCUAGAUCCAUAUCUUCUUGACUUGACACUAGUUCACGAAUCACGAUCUGCGGUUCCUGAAGCUGGUAAUGCUAGAUCCCACCGAGAAAGUAAUCGAUUCAGAAUCAAUGGAAAGCAAACUCACAUCAGUAGAUGCGAUCGAAGAACACAGCAGCAGUAGCAGUAAUGAAGCUAUCAGCAACGAGAAGAAGAGUUGUGCCAUUUGUGGUACCAGCAAAACCCCUCUUUGGCGAGGCGGUCCUGCCGGUCCCAAGUCGCUUUGUAACGCAUGCGGGAUCAGAAACAGAAAGAAAAGAAGAACACUGAUCUCAAAUAGAUCAGAAGAUAAGAAGAAGAAGAGUCAUAACAGAAACCCGAAGUUUGGUGACUCGUUGAAGCAGCGAUUAAUGGAAUUGGGGAGAGAAGUGAUGAUGCAGCGAUCAACGGCUGAGAAUCAACGGCGGAAUAAGCUUGGCGAAGAAGAGCAAGCCGCCGUGUUACUCAUGGCUCUCUCUUAUGCUUCUUCCGUUUAUGCUUAACGAAUUUUCUGGAUCUUAAGUUUUAAGGUGAAAUAAUAAUUAAUUUUGUAGGAUGUGUAACGAAUUAAUGUGUAAUUUUUGUAUGCGUUUUUUUGGUGUUGUUUGAAUUAACUAAAUUUUGAAAUUUUUGUAUCUUGUUUAUGUGAUCUCUGGUGAAGAAUGAAUGAAUGAAUGAAAGGUCAAAAUGAUUUUCUUCCGACAA